AUGGCAGAAAGCCCUAUGUACAGAGUAGUGCAGUGGAGAGAAACCGGUGAAGGCGGCGAUACUUGUUUUCGACGAACACAUAGAAGUCUUUCAAGACAAGUCACUUAUCACGGAAAACAUAGUGGCUGCCGUCCUGAGAACGGACCAGUGGGAAAUAGGGCCCUUCAAAAACCCCAAACGCACAACCUACCGAAGACGACCCGCAAAUACAAUACGAAAAACGCAGACUGGGAGGAAUUUAGAGACAAGAUAAACAUGGAAUUGACACAUCUAGGACUGGACAUAGAAACAAUAAAAGAAGUGGACACCAAGGCCAGGGUCAACAGCAUAGUAAUGGAAUACACAAAAACAAUAAUAAAAGCCGCCGAGAAACAUAUCCCCAAAGUGAAACAAAGGAAGAAAAGCUUCGAUCCACCCUGGUGGAACAAGGAAAUAGAGGCCCUGAAGAAGGAUAUGACAAGAAAAAAGAAAAGGAUCUCAUACGCAGCUCCCAGGAGGAGAGAGUGCGUAGUAAAUGCCUACCUGGAGGCAAAAAAGACCUACGAGGAAGAGAUCGAAAGGGCUCAAAAGGAAGGGUGGAAAAAACUCUGCACGAAGCAAGAGGGGGAAAGCUUAUGGGACAGGAUAUAUAAAAUAAUAAGAAAGGCGGAAGGGAUCAGGGAAGACACCACGCUAAUAGAGAAGGGCAUUUCGUUGAACUCCGAAGAAUCGGUGCAGCUGCUGGCACGGAAAUUCUUCCCGCCUGAUAAUUGCGAGAUGGAUGAUGACAUCCAUCAAAGAAUGACAGUGGGGUAUCGAUACUAG